AUGAAGCCCAAACAAAUCAAGAGAUCCAAAAAUAUCUCUACCUCUUCCUCUGCCUCUCAUCCCCACCGAAUCAGAAGUUGCAGACUUUAUAUCCAAAUUUAGGGUUUCCUCUCUUCUCUUGAUUAUCAGAUCCUCGAAACCCUACUCGUCGAAUCAGGUCUCAGCUUCUCUAUCCUUUUUUUCUGCCCAACAGUUCAACAAAGUUUCAUGUCUGAACUUGAUUCCCAGGUCCCAACUGCCUUCGACCCGUUUGCUGAUGUGGAUGCUGAGGACUCAGGUGCGGGAACAAAGGAGUACGUCCACAUUCGUGUGCAGCAGCGUAAUGGUAGGAAAAGCUUGACAACCGUCCAGGGGCUGAAGAAAGAGUACAGCUACACCAAGAUUCUUAAGGAUCUCAAGAAAGAGUUCUGUUGCAACGGAACUGUCGUUCAAGACUCCGAACUGGGUCAGGUUAUUCAGCUUCAAGGAGACCAGAGGAAGAACGUCUCCACGUUCCUAGUCCAGGCUGGGCUUGUGAAGAAGGACAACAUCAAGAUCCAUGGUUUCUGAGCUGUUUGCUUUAUUCUACUCUACUGUUAUCACUACUGUUUUCAAAACACACCCAAGUUCCUCUUGUUUCUGGUUUAUUUCGAACGUCUAUAUUAUGUUCUUUGUGUUACAAAUCUUGCUACUUGUGUGAUAUGAGAUCGUUAAGAACUCUUCGUUGACUUCA